AUGAGAAUCAAGGUCUUGGAAAAAUGGGCGGGUGGUUUUGGCUGGGUGGUUGCAUGUAUUCGGCGUCUAAGAGGCCUACAUUGGCUUCCAGUAUGUCGCACCAAGCACUAUGCAGACCACGGGCAGGACUCACCUCAACAACUGCUGCAACGACAAGCUAUCUACCUGUGUUUCUCUGCUAGUUGUCUUCGCGAACAUGAGAAUGAAUUACGAGGACUCCCUUAUUGUCAGCCAGCGCGUAAACGACGAGAAACUAUUUCGCCACUUCGGAGUCAUCCAUCACCCGGUAAAGGACGGCGUUCCAACAAUGAAGCGUGGAGACAUCAUCACCGAGAAAGAUGA